GUAAAUAAAUCGAAAAUGGCGUCGUUUUGCCGAUUAGAUGAAUCAAAGAAUAAUUUAUGUGAUGUCCUGUUAUAAUUAAGCUAAUACAAUUUAUUAUAUAUAUUAUUCCAUUAUACGAUAUAUUUUUUGGUGUCAUUGUUCAGUGUUAAUUAAUAAGAAGCUGUGAAUAAUUCGCGUGAAGCGAGAUGGUGUUCUUUCUAGUUGCGUGAUAUAAAAGUGUUUACAUGAAUUCGGCGCGGGUGCUCCGGCCAAUAUGCUGCCCACAGUGGAGGAGAGCCGGGGUUACGAUUUCCAGGACCCCGAGAAUGCGGAGAAAUGGCGCGGACUGUUCAUCAAUUCAUUCCGAAAGAUCCUCGUGUCGCUACACCCGACGCUGACCGCGGAGGAUAGCGCGCUGGAAUUCGUCGAGUCGCUCUGCUUAAAGCUGCUGGCAAUGCUGUGCGCGGUGCCGCCUCCGCUCACUGCGCAGGAUGUGGAGGAACGCGUCGCGCGUACAUUCCCCACGCCGCUGGACAGUUGGGCGAUCGGCGAGACGCGUGAUCCUUCCAGCGUGAGACGGAAAAAGUUGGUGCUACCACUGGAGAAGAUCCAUCACCUGCUGCAGAAGGAGGUGCUCCUGUACAAGAUCGAUACGUCGGUGUCGGCGUGUAUGACCAGCGUGCUGGAGUACGUCAGCACCGACAUCCUCAGGCUGUCCGGUACGUUCGUGAAGACGAUAUCGCAGAAGAGCGGCUACCAAGUGAUAACGACGAGCGAUAUCAAAACGGCCAUGUGUGCCGACAAGGUGCUGGUGGACGUGUUCUACCAGGAGCCGGCGCUGGCGGGCGGCGCCAGCGCGGCGGGCUCGCGCGCGCAGGGCUACGGCGAGCUGGUGCGCGACCUGCUGGCCGACGAGCGCGCCUUCCUAAGGGACCUCAACCUCGUCGUGCGCGUCUUCAAGGACGAGCUGGACAAGAUCCUGGACGGCGACUGCAAGACGAUAUCUCUGAUCUUCGGCAACAUCGUCGACAUAUACGAGCUGACGGUGACGCUGCUCGGCAACUUGGAGGACGCCAUGGAGAUGUCGCAAGACUCGCACACGCCCUACAUUGGGAGCUGCUUUGAAGAACUGGCCGAGGUGGAAGAGUUCCGAGCGUACGUGCGCUACGCGAACAUCGUCACGAAGAAGGAGUCGAGGGAAGCGCUGCAGAAGAUUGUGGACGAUCCCGUGCGCUCGGAGCGGCUGGACACGGCGGGGCACGGCUUCCGGCUGGCCGUGAAGUACUGCCUGCCGCGGCUGCUGCUGGCGCCCGUGGCGCACGUGCUGCUGUACCACAGCUACGUGCGCGCGCUGCUCACCGCCGCGCCCGCCUCCGACGACCGCGAGAGCUUCAAGCAGGUGGAGUGCAAUCUGCAUCCGAUAAAGAAACUGCUGACGAAGGCGCUGGGAAACGGACCGAAAUUGGAGGGCGCGGUGCGCUCGCUGUGGCGCGCGCGGCGGCAGCUGGCCAUCGACAAGUGCGGCGAGCUGGCGCGCCUCGUCGACAACUGGGACGCGCGCGACGUGCCGCACUGCUGCAACGAGUUCAUACGCGAGGAUUCGCUGUCGAAAAUCGGUCCCGGCAAGCGGAUAGCGGAGCGCCGGGCGUUCCUCUUCGACGGACUAUUACUUCUCUGUAAGCCCGUCACUAGUCUGGUAACUGUAAAUAGUGGUGUGACGUCGGGUGGUUUGCAGCAAUUAAAAUUAAAAGAAAAAUUACAUAUACGGAAAUUGAAGAUCGUUGAUCGGGCUGACGGCGAAGAGGGCCGCAACCUCAUCGAGCUGUGCCCACGCGUGGGCCCGCCUGUGCUACUGGCGGCCGCCUCUAGCGCUGACAAGCGCAGCUGGAUGGCUGACCUCGUGCUGCUCAACACCAAGCCCAUGUUGGACCGCAGUCUCGACAGCAUCCUGCUGGACCUGGAGCGUCGCCACCCGCUGCAGCUGCCGCCGGCGUCGCUGUACCGGUUCGCGGAGCCCGACUGCACCGAUAACAUCGUGCUGGAGGAGCGCCCCGGGAACGCGCCCCUCAUCAAGGGCGCGACUCUGCUGAAGCUGGUGGAGCGGCUCACCUACCACGUGCACGCGGACCUGAACCUCGUGCGCACCUUCCUCACCACCUACCGCUCCUUCUGCUCGCCCGCGGAGCUGUUGGACCUGCUCAUCGAGCGCUUCGACAUCCCCGAGCCGCACCUCGUGUACGACGCGCCGCGACCCGCGGAGUGCGUGGAGAUGUCCGCCAGUAGCGACGCAGAGAAACUGAGCAAGAACACCGCCAGAGAGGACUGGAAGAGGUACCGGAAGGAGUUCCAGCAGCCUGUCAAGUUCCGUGUAAUAAACGUACUUCGUCACUGGGUGGAUCAACACUUCUACGAUUUCGAAAGAGAACCGGCGCUGUUGGAGAAGCUCAUAGCAUUUUUGGAGUCCGUUGACGGGAAACCGAUGAAGAAAUGGGUCCAGAGCGUGCUCAAAACCGUUCAGAGAAAGUGCGCACAGAGCGGCCAGGGUGAGGCGGAGUUCGGUGGUGGGGGGGCCCUGCCGGGCGCGGCGGUGUCGUGUGGGGGCCCGGGCCCGGGGGGCGUGUCGCACGUGUUCGACCGCUCGCCCCCCGCGCCGCUGCGACACGUGGACGACCCCGAGCGGUACAACUGGCACCCCCUCGCGCUGCACCCGCUGGAGCUGGCCCGCCAGCUAACUCUGUUGGAAUUCCAGCUCUAUCGGCAGGUGAAACCCUCGGAGUUGGUUGGGGCCGUGUGGACGAAAAAAGACAAGGAGAAGACCAGCCCCAACUUACUGAGGAUUAUCAAGCAUACAACUAACUUCACGCGCUGGAUGGAGAAGUGGGUGGUGGAGAGCGAGAACCUGGAGGAGCGCGCGGCGGUGCUGGCGCGCCUGCUGGAGCUGGCGCUGGCGCUGCGGGACCUCAACAACUUCAACGGCGUGCUGGGCGUGGUGGCGGCGUGCGGCUCGGCCUCCGUGCACCGCCUGCGCGCCACGUUCGCGCUGCUGCCGCCGCGCCUGGCGCGCGCGCUGCACCAGCUGCGCGACCUCAACUCCGACCACUUCCGCCGCUACCAGGAGCGCCUGCGCAGCAUCAACCCGCCCUGCGUGCCCUUCCUCGGCAUGUACCUCACCAACAUCCUGCACAUCGAGGAGGGGAACCUCGACUACCUGCCGAACUCGGAACUGAUCAACUUCUCGAAGCGCCGCAAGGUGGCGGAGAUCACGGGAGAGAUCCAGCAGUAUCAGAAUCAGCCCUACUGUCUCACGGUCGAGCCUCGGACGAGGGCGUUUCUGGACUCGCUGGAGCCGUUUCCUGGCAUGGACGACAAAGAGGUGACCGACUAUCUCUACGCGAAAAGCCUCGAGAUCGAACCGCGGAUGCCUCUCAAGCAAAUGCCGAAAUUCCCACGACGAUAUCCUGACCUCUCACUGAAGCCGGUCAAGGUGAAGGUCUCCGAUGACAACACAAAUGUAGCUCAGCUGUCGCCGACGAGCACGUGGGACGGUAUCUCCGUGGUGUCGCUACCUGUACACGAUCACGGAUCCCGGGAAGACCGAGGGUCGCUGACGUCGCCCCGGCUGGAGCGCUCGUGCUCCAGCUCGCUCGCUCAGCUCGGACAGCUCAGCCUCUUCGACAAGGGCCUGGCGCUCUUCGACAAGAGCAAGUCCGUCGCCACGCUCAACAGGAACAGCGGGUCGGCGCGGGACGAGCCGCCCUCCCCGCGGGACAGCCACUCGCCAAGCAAGUGGAGCUCGAGCAGCACGUGCUCCAGCAGCGCGCGGCGCGCCGCGCUGUCGCCGCGCGGGGCCAUCGUGGACGCCGAGCUGUUCUACUCGCGCAGCAUGGACCACCUCGCGUGCCGCAAGCAGGACGCGCCGCCGCCGCAGGAACGCGUGCCGCCCCUGCUGCCGCGUGCGUGCGGGGGCCCCGAGUCCCGCGACGAGGCCCCUCCCGUCGUGCCGAGGAGGCCGUCGUCGCCUCAUGCGGCAGCGUGCGAGCCGCCCCCCGAGCCCCCGGACCGCCCUCUGCCGAGUCCGAAGCACCAUGAACUGUUCCGAAGUCCAGCCAUGUCUCCGAAGCGGUCCCCUGCGCCUGCCCCUCCCAUCAGUCCGCUGUUACUAGACAGAGCUGCUUUUAGUUUUCCAUCGGCGACUUCGCCGUCAGCGCAUCAUAAUUCGGAGGGCGCAGCCCCGCCGCCGCUACCGCCGCGGCGCCGCCGGGACUCCGCCGCGCCGCACACGCCGCACCUCUCGUCGUGGAACGAGUGUGCGACGGGCGGGUCCCCCUCGGGGUCCUCUCCCGCGGCGCCGGGCCCCCCAGCGCAGGCUGCGGGCGGGGGCCCUCCUCCGCUACCACCGCGGCCUCCGCCUCCUCCCGAGCUGCUGCGGCCGGCGCACUCGGCGCUGCUGCAGCGGAGACACACCGCCGCAUUAGCUCCAAAACUACCACCUAAACCAGCGGCGGCGGCGGUCGCGCCGCGAACGUAACCACCACCGCACUACCGCCCGAGCCCACCACGCGCCGAGCAGCGGCCGUCACGAGGCGACACCCGACCCUACCUCCCCCCACCCCACCGUGACAGGCGAGCGUAAGCGGUACACCGAUAGAUAGAAUAUAAUGAAAGAAUCAACUAAUUACGAUAAAACGUACAUGUUAUGUCGUCUUGGAAUGUUAAUUAAACAUUACGAAUCAGUUAAA